GAGCCUGUGCCCGGUAGUACAUACCCGUGUCAUUUAGUUUUUCAUUUUCAUAACGUAUAUAACUCUUAAGGUAAAUUAUGGCGGCGUCCGGUACUAGGGAUGCAUCUUCUCAUGAAAGUCGCACAAUUAUCUGGGGUGUACCCCGCACUGUGUCAACAGCUCUCCUCAAGUGUCUGAGUUUUAUUGAGGACAUCCAGGUUUGGUUCGAACCCUACACCUACUGCAGAGCUGCCCAGGUGCAUGCUAAGCAACUGAUGGGGGUGGAUCUACCAAACGAGUACGAAGGGAACGAGGAGGUAUACAGACGUGUGGCUGACUACUUGAGAGAACGAAGGUUGGGAAAUACGACUAAGCCAGAAAAUAUUUCUUACGCGUUUAUUGGUCGCCAGUUGGAGGCGUCAACAAGCCGCCAUGUCUUGGUCAAAGAUUUCGCUCUUACUGUAAACCAAGACCAGAGACAGUUCAUACCGAAAGGUUUCAAGCACAUCUUCCUCAUACGCCACCCUCUCCGCGUGUUCGCCUCAACACGAAAAUCAAUUUUCAACCAACUCGUAGCUUCAGGUCUGCUAACCGGUGAAGCCGCGGUCGAAGAAAAUUUCAACUUGGACCGCGACUACAAGUAUCCAAACGACCCGACCGGAGCGAUGAUAUUUAAAGAUCUCUACGAUAUGUGGAAGUAUGUCCAAUGUGAACUCGGCCAAGAAACGGUAGUUUUCGACAGUGACGAUUUGCUGUCGAAUCCUUCCGAGAUGCUGCCGAAGAUCUGCGAAGCAGCAGGGCUACCAUACGACGAAUCUCUCCUGAAGUGGGAUGCGUCUUCUGAAGUGACGAAAACCUGGGUUGUCUAUGCCGAUGACAUCGUGGACAUGUUUGUGCACUUCUACGAUACUGCUAUAAAGAGCAGCGAAUUUUUGGAUCCAGGCAGGAUGCCGUCACGUGACGAAGUUAGGCCUGACGUCAUCAGAUGUACCGAGAAGGCUAUGAGAUAUUUUGAAGAAAUGUACGAAAAGAGAGUUAAGAUUUAAAUGAUGCUGUACUUCGUCCUAAUUCACUCAGGUUGACGCUUCCCUGGGCCCCUUCCCAUUCCCCUCUCCUCACCUCCCUACUCCAUUAGUAGAAUAUAAAUAUGAUCAUACUAUGUUCAUAUCUUUAUCUGAUAUUUGUAAAAAAUAAAAGUAUUUACUAUUAACACUAUAUUAUAUUAUGUACUGUAUGUAU